AGCAUCCCACAAUGCAAUGCGGAGCCGAACUACUACCUCUUUAGCAGCGCAUGGCCACUUUUCAUGCUAACAUUGGUCUCUUUGUAGAAAAAUAAAAAUUUCUGUAUCGUUUUUUUUGCGUUGUUUCGCUACAAAAUGAAAGUCAAAGUUCUUUCAAGAAAUCCGGAUGAUUAUGUCCGGGAGACAAAACAUGAUAUUCAGCGAGUUCCCAGGAACUAUGACCCGUCCCUUCAUCCUUUCGAGGUGAGCAGAGAGUACACACGGGCCCUGAAUGCCACAAAGUUGGAGCGGGUGUUUGCCAAGCCCUUCCUGGCCUCCCUGGACGGUCACAGAGAUGGCGUGAACUGUAUGGCCAAGCAUACAAAGAGUCUCUCCACCCUGCUGUCAGGCUCCUGUGAUGGACAGGUGAAAGUGUGGAACCUUACCAAGCAUGAAUGUGUCCGCACUCUUCAGGCACAUGAAGGUUUUGUGAGAGGAAUGGUUGUCAGAUACUGUGGGACUUCCUUUUUCACGGUGGGUGAUGAUAAAACUAUUAAGCAAUGGAAAAUGGAAGCACCGGGUUAUGGAGAGGAAGAGGAGCCUCUUAACACUGUCCUGGGCAAAACGGUUUUCACAGGAAUCGACCAUCACCAGAAGACAGGUGUGUUUGCAACAUGUGGCCAGCAGGUGGACAUCUGGGAUGAGCAGAGGAGCAGCCCAGUCCGCUCCUUUACCUGGGGUGUAGACAGCUUCAGUUCUGUCCGCUUCAACCCUGUGGAGACAAAUCUUCUUGGAAGCUGUGCGUCUGACAGAAGUAUAGUUUUAUAUGACAUGAGGGAAGCAACACCGCUUAAAAAGGUUAUUAUGACAAUGAAGACCAACACAAUAUGCUGGAACCCAAUGGAAGCUUAUUACUUUACUUGUGCAAAUGAAGACUACAACCUGUACACAUAUGAUAUGAGGUUCCUUGAAAAGCCCGUAAUGGUGCAUAUGGACCACGUCUCUGCGGUACUGGAUGUUGAUUACUCUCCCACUGGACAGGAGUUUGUGUCCGCCAGUUUUGACAGGACCAUUCGCAUCUUCCCCAAAGAUGCAGGACACAGCAGGGAAGUCUAUCACACCAAGCGAAUGCAACAUGUCAUCUGCAUAAAGUGGUCAGCAGACAACAAGUACAUCCUGAGCGGCUCUGACGAAAUGAAUAUCCGACUGUGGAAGGCCAACGCAGCGGAGAAACUAGGAGUGCUGUCCUCCAGAGAGAAGGAAGCCACCAACUACAAUCAGAAGCUGAAGGAGAAGUUUCAGCACCACCCGCAAAUCAGGCGCAUCGCUCGUCACCGACAUCUACCAAAGAGCAUUUUCCACCAGAAGAACGAGCUGAGGGCAAUGAAGGAGGCUCGCCGGAGAAAGGAGAGGAAUGUCCGUAAACACAGCAAGCCAGGAAGUGUCCCUGUGGUGUCUGAGAAGGAGAAAAGCGUUGUUGCUGUGGUGAAAUAAAGCAGGAGAAGGAAUUCCAGGACUUGGAGGAUGGAGAUGAUGAUUGUGAACUCAUCAAGAAAUAUUCUGACUCUGUCCGGAGGACUUGAAAAUAUUUGUGGAAGAGGAAAUGACCAGCAUUGUUUUAAUACAAGUGCACAUAUCUUGUAAAAACAGACAAAACCAUUCUGACGAGUUCUUUAUUCACAUCCUUUUCAGUUUUUACUUAGGAAAAUUUUAAAUAAAAACAUUUAUUCAAAUGCAUCUAAUGUAAAACCCUUUUGGACAGCAUAAUUUUCGGGUCAAUUUUUAACCACUAGCAGUGUUCACAUUUUCCCUGCUUGUCACUAGUUUCUGCCCACAGGUGUGUAGCCACUUGUUUUAUGAUGGCAGCUCCAACAUUCAUGAAGGAACUCUGUAACUUUGACAAAAAAGAGCUCAAAAGUAAAAAUAUCUAAUUAAAUGAUCAGUGCCCUGUUCAUUUAAAGCUAUAAUCAAUUUUGAUCUUAAAAAACGACCCAAGCAGAUAAGUGUCAGCAAGGACACUUGCUGACACUCAUUCUUAACUUUUGUUAGUGUGGAAAUGAUCAUAUCUCUUAGAAAAGUCAAAUAUUGGACAAAAUUAUUUUAUGUAACAAAGCUGAGCUGAAGAUGAGCCUUGUGAACAUAGCAAAAAUGUCUCACACAUGGGCGAUUCAUUGCCAUCAAUAGCCUGCCAGGUUUUUCCAUCAUAAAGUAAAUAUCCUGUAGGUUUUCUUGUGUGAUCUGUCAAUUACCUCACGUUUAUUCUUAAUAAAACAUUCAAACUAUA